AUGGCUGCCAAAAAACGAAUUAAAAGGGAGGAGUCGGACGGCAAAGAAGGAUUCGGUCCCGUUACAGUCGGUUUGCGGGAGGCGGAAUCAGCCAUACUUUUACUGAACUGCUCUGAAAAUGAGGUAGUGGUUUGUGCGUGUGAUGCGCUGUACAAGUUCUUGUCAAAGAGUAAGUUAACUUGUGUUAACCGCGGUCGAUAUUCAGACGACAACAACAAACGUUUGCUUCUAAAACAAAAUUUGUGCCAAAACUUACUACCGUUAUUGAGCAGUGGUGACAAACUCGUCAGAAGGAACGCACUAUCCAUUCUUGGGUUAAUCUCGAGCUUCAAGGACGCAGCAGACGCAAUUCGAAAAGUACCCAACUAUCUGUCUUUGUUUCGAAAACUACUUAAUCCUGAAGAGUUUGACAACACUCGGGAGUUUACACUAUUAACUUUAAAGAAUUUGUGUGAUGACUCUAGCACAGUUGGUGAUGUUGCACAAGAAAAGCUUAUCCCACCCAUUGUUGAUUGUCUCAAUUGUUUGGACCCAGAUGUUAAAAAGAAUGCACUGGACGCAUUGCUCAAAAUGAACAAGGAUUUUGAAGUGAGAUCGGCGCUUGCGGUUACAUCCACUCUACAAUUAUUGCUUGACCAACUGGGGUCAGAGUUCCCGUCCAUUCAGAAUACCGCACUGUUGGUGUUUUCUCGGCUGACAAGCGACUCUACCAUACGGUCGCAGCUGCAAAAAAUGAAUGCGUUUGACACAUUUAUUGACCUACUCGGCAAGCCGGAAUUAAACGAUUUACACUUGGCCGCUUUGUCUGUCACUGAACAUCUGUUGGAGGAUGUUAAUUGCGUCAAGGUGAGUGAAAUUAGGAGUCAUCACGGAGACAUUAAAACACUCUUGAUGCAGGACCUGCUUCGCAGUGGAAAAUUGCAUACGCUAUUCCGGUUUCUCGGUGACCAAGAGGCUAAACGUGAAAGCGAUAAACAACCGCAAGUUGGCGCUUCAUCCACCAAAGGGAAAGGCGGAUCGCCUAAGAAAACCAGCCCACAAAAAAGUCCACGAAAAGCUAAAACGCAGGAAGAAAAGCCUUCGGUAAUAACUCUGCCCGAGACGAAAAUUCACGCUUGUUAUGCAGUCAUGCGUGCUGCACAUAAUGCUGAUAUUCGACGUGUGCUGCACGACGCAGAUGUUGAACAGAUGCUCGUUCAUCUGCUUUCUCACGAGGACCAAACCGUCCGUUCAUCAGCCGCUCAAGCUAUUGCGGUUGUGUCGAGGAGUUCGUUAUGUCAAGAAAGAAUCUUGCAGCUUGGUGGAUUGGAAUGGCUUAUCCGUAUGACCUGUAGCGAAAAAUACGAAACAAAAUCCGCCGGCGCAUUGGCACUCGCAGCCUUGACGACGGGGAAUCCAGCCCUUUGUCAUGAAUUGGCAGAGCGCAGCUCAGGUAUUGACUGCCUACUAAGCUGCCUGGAUCUGCAAGACCCCGGUGCACAUACAGCUGUAGUGUCCGGCUUGACUGCAUUGACCAGUCUCGCUCUUGAGGAAUCUACGCGACCAAUGGUACUGCAGAGGAUAUCCGGAAAGGUGUUCGUUCCCUGUUUGCUUUCUGGCUCGACAACCGUACAAACCAAGGCAGCACUGGCAACAGCAGCCAUGAUUUGUGAGCCUGAAAAGUUGGUUGAGUUCUGCGAAAACGACGGCAUUCAGGCACUUGUUCACUUGCUCAACUCUCCUGUCCCGGAUGUAUGCAGGUCUGCCUGCUGGGCAAUAUUCACCCUGGGUGCGGAUUCACAUGCUGCCAAACUGCUCGCUACUUCCAGUGUGAUUAAACAACUUUUGGCUAUAAACCGGUCAGCUGCAAAGCGUAACCAAUUUACUGCGCUCGCUUUACAACGCCUUUUGGACGCAAAGCUGGAAAUCAAAUUUGCACUGACUGGUCGUCUAGAUUUUUCUGAUCAAAUUCAAAACCAGUUCUACGAUGUGGGUGCUGUAUUGUCCGUUUCUGACGUUCUGAGCCUACCUGAUUACAUGGAACAAACGCUCAACGAUAAACGACCCAUUUAUGUGAUUAGUAUCGGAGAAAAUCACUCGGAUGAGGAUGUUUUUCAGCAAGUUGCAGUUGCUGAGCUCCAUGACGGUGAUACGAUUGAAAACAAAACGUUGCCUGCUGGCGUGCUGACAAUGGCCGUGGAUGACCGCUUAGUUCAGUGGCUGGAGCACGUCAGAGUCCAUAUCGAGCCACUGACAAAUCCACGACAGCAAUUUUCUGAAUUAGCAGAGUUUGUUGCAUCUCAAUAUGGUGGCUGUGUGAAGUUGGAAGAUUUAGAAACAUUCCGUCCGGAGCUGGCUUUAGCGGAGCUACGCGCUCAGCGAAUGUCCAAUGUAAUUCCAAUCGGAACCAUCAGAAUUGGAAAUCAACUUCACCGAACCUUGCUAUUUAAAUUUCUUGCAGACCAAAUUGGACUGCCGACGACAUUGGUACGUGGAAACUACGGAAGAUCCUAUAACGAAGUCGUGCUGGAAGACAGAAGCGAAACCGGAUCAUCGCACAGCAGAACUUACAUUGUGGAUCUCAUGUACACACCUGGCAGGUUGAUUGAGGCCACCUCUCGAAAAGCACUAGAAUACAUUAGCCUGUUUUGAGAAGAUAACUUAUUUCCUGACAUUGCUUAUUUUACUAACACUAAUGGAUAUUUUUUGACGAUAAAUACGUUCCAC